AUCAAAAAGUCUACAGUCCCUGGUCUGAUUCCGUCCUGCGUGACUGUUCCUUCGAACAGUAGUCUUUUAUCUCCGUCCACUUUCUCUCCCACCGAAGUGCGUGCCACCAACCCAUGGAAGAUUCGAUGGACAUGGACAUGAGCCCCCUGAGGCCCCAGAACUAUCUUUUCGGUUGUGAACUAAAGGCCGACAAAGAUUAUCACUUUAAGGUGGAUAAUGAUGAAAAUGAGCACCAGUUAUCUUUAAGAACGGUCAGUUUAGGGGCUGGUGCAAAGGAUGAAUUGCACAUUGUCGAAGCAGAGGCAAUGAAUUAUGAAGGCAGUCCAAUUAAAGUAACACUGGCAACUUUGAAAAUGUCUGUGCAGCCAACGGUUUCCCUUGGGGGCUUUGAAAUAACACCACCUGUGGUCUUACGGUUGAAGUGUGGUUCAGGGCCUGUGCAUAUUAGCGGACAACACUUAGUAGCUGUGGAGGAAGAUGCAGAGUCAGAAGAUGAAGAGGAGGAGGAUGUGAAGCUCCUAAGUAUAUCUGGAAAGCGUUCUGCCCCUGGAAGUGGUAGCAAGGUUCCACAGAAAAAAGUAAAACUUGCUGCUGAUGAAGAUGAAGAUGAUGAUGAUGACGACGACGAUGAUGAUGAAGAUGAUGAUGAUGAUGACUUUGAUGAUGAGGAAGCUGAAGAAAAAGCUCCAGUAAAGAAAUCUGUACGAGAUACUCCAGCCAAAAAUGCACAAAAAUCAAACCAGAAUGGAAAAGACUCAAAACCAUCAACACCAAGAUCAAAAGGUCAAGAAUCCUUCAAAAAACAGGAAAAAACUCCUAAAACACCGAAAGGACCUAGCUCUGUAGAAGACAUUAAAGCAAAAAUGCAAGCAAGUAUAGAAAAAGGUGGUUCCCUUCCCAAAGUGGAAGCCAAAUUCAUCAAUUAUGUGAAGAAUUGUUUCCGGAUGACUGACCAGAAGGCUAUUCAAGAUCUCUGGCAGUGGAGGAAGUCUCUUUAAGAAAAUAGUUUAAACAGUUUGUUAAAAUUUUCCGUCUUAUUUCAUUUCUGUAACAGUUGAUAUCUGGCUGUCCUUUUUAUAAUGCAGAGUGAGAACUUUCCCUACCGUGUCUGAUAAAUGUUGUCCAGGUUCCAUUGCCAAGAACGUGUUGUCCAAAAUGCCUGUUUUUAAAGAUGGAACUCCACCCUUUGCUUGGUUUUAAGUAUGUAUGGAAUGUUAUGAUAGGACAUAGUAGUAGUGGUGGUCAGACAAAUGGAAAUGGUGGGGAGACAAAAAUAUACAUGUGAAAUAAACUCAGUAUUU